AUGUUUUCCCAAGCUCUUGGUGCGGUCGCUCUGGCUGUAUCGUGCUUGGUGUCAGUCAGCACGGCCAUUACAUAUUCUCCCGUACAGCCUCCAUCAUAUCCCUUGGCCGUGCGAAGUCCAUAUCUAUCUGCGUGGAUCCCUGGUAGUGAAGCCGCAUCACUUUCUAGCAACAAUGCACAGUUCUGGGCAGGCAACAAAUUGACCUGGUCGGUGAUUGCACGCGUGAAUGGCAGCACGUACAAUCUGUUCGGCGUAGCCAGUCCCCCCGAAGGCACCACAUCGGCCACCGUGACCGAGGCCACAUAUACCUCGACCCAUUCGACCUUUGUCGUGACUGCUGGAUCGCGACAGUUCACGCUCGAUUUCUUCUCGCCCGUUUCACCCAAGAACUAUCUCCGCCAGUCACUGCCCUUUUCAUACCUGACGGUGACCCUGGCCGCCGGCGAUUCCAGCUCGGUCCAGAUUUAUUCCGAUAUUGACUCGAAAUGGACGGGUCAGACCAGCGAUUCGACUUGGAGCCAUACCACGAGCGGAUCGGCGAGUGUGUUCCAGAUCUCAGGCGUUGGUGCGGCGACGUAUGCGCAGAACAGCGACGGCCAAGCUCUGUGGGGCAGCGCGGUCUACGCCACGUCAGGCACAUCACUCUCCACUCAGUCCGGCCCCAUCUCCACUGUCCGAAAGCAGUUUGUCAACAACGGUACCCUCAGUGAUUCCUAUGCUGACUGGACUCCGGGCGGUGUUGUGGCAUUUUCGCACAACCUGGGAACCACCGCGGAUGAAACCGCGGUAACCUUUGCAAUUGGUCACGUGCGAGAGGAGUCGAUCAACUAUUUGGGCGCGGCUCAAACCGGUUAUUAUCGUGCGACAUACAAGGAAACCCCCGCUGCUGUGGCUUACUUCCUCGAGGACUACGAUGAUGCCAACACCGAGUCCACCAAGCUCGAUGACUUAGUCCAGUCGACCGGUAUAUCCAGCUAUGGAACCAACUACUCCGACAUUUUGGCUCUCUCGGUGCGCCAGACCUACGGGGGAAUCGAGAUCACCAUCCCCAACGAAUCGCUGGAUACUAGCGACACGCGUGCCUUCAUCAAGGAGAUCUCCAGUGAUGGCAACAUCAACACCGUCGAUGUGAUCUACGCCACCUUCCCAAUUUUCUACAUUCUCAGUCCCGAGUACCUCAAACUACUCCUCGCUCCCAUCUUUGAUUAUAUGGCUACCUCUGCCUAUACCAAAAACUAUGCGGUGCAUGAGAUUGGAGCCAACUACCCGAAUGCAACCGGACAUCCGGCCGAUGGCGAAGAAAUGCCCAUUGAAGAGAGCGGCAACGUGAUAUUCCUUGCCUACGCUUAUCAGAAAGCCACGGGCAACACCGACUUUGCGAAUACAUACGCUGCCCAGCUCAAGACAUACGCCACCUACUUGCAGGACAAUGGCCUCUAUCCCGCUGCGCAGCUGUCGCUUAACGAUGCUCUGGGUGCGCUCGCCAACCAGACUAACCUGGCAAUCAAGGCUGCCGUGGGCUUGGCAACAUAUGGUGCUCUCAUUGGAGACGCAAGCUACACCACCGUGGGUAAAGAGUGGGGUGACAAGAUCUGGACGGACCACCUCGGGACCGAUGCCAACGGGACCCGCUUCCUGAUUCAGUAUGGGAUCACCCCCUGGUUCCUGGUUUACAACCACUACCCAGAUCUUUUGUUCGGCCUGGACGCCUUCCCUGAUGAGGCUUAUAACGCGACGACUAAUUUUUAUCCGACCGUUCGCGAGACGGCCGGUGUCCCCUUGGAUGGCUCCCUUGGCUGGGGCCAGACAAAUUGGCAGUCUUUCGCAGCAGCUACAGUCAGUGGUGAUGCUCGGGACAUUUUCAUCAGUGAUCUGCACGCGUACAUGUCCAAUGGACUGAACAGUGCGCCUUUCUCAGAUCGCUACUGGGUCGAGGCGAGCGGAUCGUACUCUGCUGGAGAAUCGUAUUCGUUCCGUGCGCGGCCCACACUGGGCAGUCACUUUGCCCUGGCUGCUCUGUCGGGAGCUAACACUUGGUCUUCCUGA